AUGCCGUGGGGAGCAGCUGCCCGGCCGUGGUGCCCCUUGCCGUGGGUGCCGUGCGGGCUGACGGUGCCGGCGGGUUCCGUGGCAGCGCCGGAGCCCGGCGGGAUCCGCAGCGCGUCCCGCCCGGCGCUGCAGGACCGGCAACGGCAGCGAGGGCUGCCAGGCCUUGGGAAAGCUGCGACCUGCAGGAGCUGGGUGUUCCAGUGGAUGGGAAAACAGGAGUGUCAUUUCAUCAACGGCACCGAGCAGGUGAGGUUCCUGGAGAGGCACUUCUACAACCGGGAGCAGCUCCUGCAUUUUGACAGCGAUGUGGGGGUCUAUGUGGGGGACACCCCAUUUGGGGAGAUCCAGGCAAGAGACUAUAACAGCCACCGUGAAUAUCUGAAGUACAAACGGGGUCAGGUGGACACGUACUGCCGGUACAACUACAAACUUGGUACCCCGUUCAGCGUGGAGAGGAGAGUGCCAUCCCAGUCCCUCCCAGUGCCAUUCCAAUCCCUCCCAACGCCCUCCAAGCCCUCUGCCCUCCCUCCCAGUGCCCCCCAGCUCAGCCCAGUGUCUCCCCCGUCCCUGCCAGUGCCCCCCAGCGUGUCCAUCUCGCUGGUGCCGUCGAGCUCCCAGCCCGGCCCCGGCCGCCUGCUCUGCUCCGUGAUGGAUUUCUACCCUGCGCCGGUGCAGGUGAGGUGGUUCCAGGAUGGGCAGGAGCUGCCGGAGCACGUGGUGGCCACUGACGUGGUCCCCAACGGGGACUGGACCUACCAGGUGCUGGUGAUGCUGGAUCCCCCCCAGCGCGGGGUCACCUACAGCUGCCAGGUGGAGCACGUCAGCCUGGAGCACCCCCUCAGCCGGCACUGGGAGAUGCCACCGGACACCGUCCGCAGCAAGAUCCUGGUGGGGGUCGGGGGCUUCGUCUUGGGCUUGGUCUUCCUGGCGCUGGGGCUCGGCUUCUACCUGCGGGAGAAGGUAAAGGGGGGGUCCCCGGCGGUUUUGUCCCCCCCCUUGCCCACAGCCUUUGUGCCCGCCCUGCCCCCCACCCUGCUCUCACCCCCUUUUCUCUCCCCACAGAGCUCCUGA